UGUUUUUUUUUUCUUCGAACUUUCAAACGGUGCGGACGUGCGGGCGGUUGUUGCGCGGCUUCUCGUUUCUCGUAUCGAAGAAAAAGCUCGCACGUGCGACGCUUGCGAAAAAAAAAAAUAAAUAAUAAUAAUAUUGAGAGGGCACAGAUAAAGUAUCGCAAAGAUAAAGAUUAUGCUGCGGCCAGGAGAGCCGAGUGCGAAAUUCAAAUAAAUUACCAAUUACGACAACAGUGCAACAAAAUAAUAAAAAAUAAUAAUAAUAAUUUGCUGGCGCAAAAACGAAGAUUUAUAAAUAGUGCAACAACAACAACAACAAGAAAAACAAGAGCCCAGGCACAAUAAGAAUUUGUCAGGCGGCGUUUCUUCUCCAUCCCUACUACAUCUCCCUCUCUCUCUCUCUCGUCGCUGCUGUCUGUCCUGUGUGUUGGUGUGUCUCCGCGUCGGUGUGCGGUGUCCGUGCGUGAGUGCUGCGUUGGUGUUAGUUAGUGCUUGUGGCUUUGCAUCCGAAAGAUAAAAAAAAAAAAAAAAAAGUUUUGAGAAGAAAAAUGAAAUACAUAAAUUGAAAUUAAGAAAUUGCGCCGAGAAGAAUAUAUAUCCAUCGUUUAUGGCUAAAAUUUAGCAAGUGCCCGAGAAUAUAGCGAAAAGUGCGCAUAACCGAAAAAAAGAAAAAGCCGGCCGAUAUAUAUUUCUAAAAAUAAAAACCGAAAUAAUAUCGAAAUAUUCUAAACACGCGACAAAAAUCGCCACCAGGGGGUGUGCGUGUGUGUGCCUGGGGAGGCCCUGAAGAUGAAAAGCCGUCGGUGAAAUGUAUCUAAGUAUCUAAGAAGUUCACUUGCCGGCCAAAACCAAAACAAAACCCAAUCCACAAAUGUGCCAAUCCAACCAUCAACAUUCUAAACUUAAUCACUGACUAAAAUGGAUCACUAGCGACUAGGGCCAAUCGAGAUCUGAAUCUGAAUCGGAAUCGCCUGCGAAAAUGACCGAGUACGUGACGAUCAAUACCGUUCUGAAAAAAUACCAGACGAGUGCCACCAAGUCGCUCCAGGGGCCCGGGCAUGCCCUCAAUGCCGCCGCCGCCGGUGGUGUCCUGGACAUCCUGCCCAACGGAUCCUGCCGGAGCGACAGUCCCGAGCUGGGCCUCAGCAACGGCAAGUGCAUGCCGCCGUCGCCGGUGGUGGCGCUGAUCAAGAAGGAGAUACUCAGCUCACCGGAGCCGCAGGACCUCCAUCAUGAGUGCACCUCGCGCGGCACACCGCCCCAGCCGCAGAUCUACUCGCCGGCCACACCGCCGCGGGAGCUCUCCCAGCCGAUCCUGUCGGUGGCGGAUGCGGGAUGCGGCGAACUGUACGAAACGAAGCUGGAGGGCAAGACCAUUGGAUGCUUCUCGGUGGGCGGCGAACUGCGCCUGUGCCUGCCGCAGUUCCUCAACAACGUCCUCAACGACUUCACGCUGGAGCAGAUCAACCGGAGCUUCGACGAGCUGGGCAUAUACUGUUCGCAGUGCACCCCCGCCCAGCUGGUGGAGUUCAAGGCGGCCAAGAUCCUGCCGUCGGACGUCAAGGCCAGCGGCCUGAUCACCCGCACCGAUGCCGAACGCCUCUGCGCCGCUCUGCUCCACAAAUCGGACCGGAAUAGCUACGUUUCGAUCGAGAGCCUGGCCAAGGGGGCCCUCAGCUUCCGGGUGUAUCACAAGUGCUUUGGCAGAUGCGAGGGAAUCUGCACCCCGGACAUGUACUCCUUCCAGAAGCCGAGCUGCAUCAAGUGCCUGGAGUGCGACGGCUGGUUCUCGCCCCAGAAGUUCGUCGGACACGUGGACCGGAAGCCCGAGAAUCAGACCUGUCACUGGGGAUUCGAUUCCCGAAACUGGCACGACUACCUUCAUGUGGCGCUCGAUGUGGAGAACCGUGAAAAGUACCAGAUCAUCCUGGAUCAGCUCAAGGAGGUGGAAAUCAAGGAGAUGCACAAGGCAAUGGAUCAUAUUAAAAGAAAGGUAAGCAGAGUCCCUGGCACCCGAAGGUCACCCUGUGUAGAGUAAGUGGUUGCAUGUAAGUUAUGCCUAAUUAUCACCCAUCUAGAGAGGUCUGGAGGCGUGGGUGUGACCCACGCGUCAUUCUGCCAGUCUGGGAUUGAAAUCGAAACUGAAACUGAUUCCGAAUACCGAUCAAACACGAGUCGCGGCGACUAACGAGUUGAGGCGUUUACAUCGAAAUGCGGCAUCGUGCCGCUAGCAAUUAUAUUCCAUGUUGCUAUUGCUAUAAAUUAAUUAAAUGGAAAAUAAUCGUGUGCAGCCAGUCAGACGGCGGUCUUCACAGAGACACCGACAAACGGUGCCGAGAGUUCUAAAGUGCUUUUGUAAUUUUAAUUGCUCCGCGCCAAAUGCUAGGCAUUCCCAAAUACGGCAACUCGCACAGCUCCAACCAAACAAGUGCACCACCAGUACAUCCAUCUAUCCAUCCGCCAGAUACUCAAUGGUAGUAGUUGCUUUUAUGCGGUUAAUGUCUCUGUUUAAGCAAACUUCCUUCUCGUGUUCUAGUGUUCUCGUGUUCCCCAGCCAUCGUCGUCACAAGCGAUUUUUGUCAAAUGAAAAGCAAACAAGGCAACACGAAAGGUUCCUCUAGCUCACGAAAUUCAUUGUCACUGUAUCUGCAUCGGUAUCUGCAUCUGUAGAUGUAUCUUCAGCUGUCGCCAAAGUUGUAUCUGCAUCUGCAUCGAGCUGUUGGCGGCUUUGUUGGAUUUAAUCGCGGUGUUUGAAUUAUUUAUGUGCCAGUCCUGCCUCAAGUGCCAUGUGUUUGGCUUUUGGCGAUGAAUGCCAAUCAAGAGGUUCCUCAUUGAGGAGUCACUUAGCUACAGUUCCUAGAUAACUCAGCUCUAAAAUAAAGAUCUUA